UUCCUCGUUGCCCGUCGGACACUUUUAGCCGUUGCACUCGUCUGUCAGUGAGCAGCCAUGGCGUCAGGGUUCAUGCUGAGUCGUGGUGCGCUGACAUUAGGGAGUCACUGCCAGCGUGUCUGCAGAAGCGUGUCGGUGACACAGGUCCGAGAGAAGAAGCGAUGGAUGAAGGCCUACACGUAUCUCAUGGCGAGGAAGCUGAAGCUGGAGGGGCCGCCGCCCCCGAAGCCACGCUCUCAACAGCCUCUGUGGGAUUACCAUGCCGAGGUUCAGGCUUUCAGCAGCCGCCUCCAUGAGAACUUCUCCCUGGAGCUACUGAAGACAGCCUUCGUCAACCCAUGUUACUUGCAGGCGGAGCAAGAGAGGAGACAGGGGUUGGGUGUGGACUCAGAGACCAUCGCUCUAGUUCUGGAGGACAACAUUCAGCUGAGUGCAAAGGGGAUGAGUUUUACCCAGAGCCUUCUGACAGACUGGUGCAGGGCAAGCUUCCCGAGCCUGCCGAGCGAAGGGGUGGAGAGCAUCGUCGGGCACCUCACCAGUUCAGCGGUUGUGACCUAUGUAGCUAGAAAUCUUGGCAUUGAAGACUUAACCAUGAGUGCAGAAUUCCCUGUUCCUGAUGACGUGCUCCAUUCGACGUUUAUGGCUGUGAUCGGAGCGCUACAGGAGAGCAGUGGAGCAGAGCGAGCAGGAUUCUUCCUAAGGGAUUUCAUGGUCACUCAGCUGAUAGGAAAGGACCUGUUUGAUAUGUGGAAAGUGGUUGACCCAAUGGGACUAUUGGUGGAAGAGCUUAAAAAGAGGAAUGUAGCUUUGCCAGAACCUCGCCUCAUCAGGUCUGCUGGAGCCAGCACUGUCCUUCCACUGUACUUUGUCGGCUUGUACAGCGAUAAGAAGCUCCUGGCUCAGGGUCCAGGAGAGACGCUCGUAGCAGCGGAAGAGGAAGCUGCUCGUGUGGCCCUCCGAAAACUCUACGGCUACAACGAGAACCGCAGACCCUUUGACUUCUCACCACAGCAGCAGCAUCAGCAGCCGCUAAUUCAGUCAGUCAGCAGCAAUUAAUGAAGUCCCAGCUGUUGUGGGGAAAUAAUUUAAAAGGAUAAAGUCAAGCAGGAAAAGUAUAUCUAGCUUGUAUCUACUUGAGAAAUCAUUUAAGAUGCAGUAUGUCUUGUUUGAGUAAUCCAGACCCUCUAUGGACUCUGAGGAAGAAACAAAGGAAACAAGGUUGGCAUUUAACCUCAGACCAACAGUGCACAACAGAUUUUGUUGAAUAUUUAAAUGUAAGUUCCUCCAGACAGAAAAACAAAUGUCAGAGUUGCUGUCCAAAAGGUGUGACUAUGCUGUAUGAUCCAAAUGAACUGCACAGUAUUCUUGAAUAUAGUGUAUAACAUAAUCAAAACCUUACUCCUCCGCCCUGGUUAGUAAACUGAUAUCUGAUAUCUGGUUGUCCUUGUAAAUAAUAAAUUGCCAUGGGUUCAUUCUGUAUUUUGUUAUAAUAUGUUAAUCAAUAAAAAGUGUGUAUAACAAAA